CAUGCUAUUCCAAAUCCAUAAAACUCUUGUUCAUCUUAUAAACAAAAAUGAAAAUAUUUAUAAUGAAGUCUGACAGAUUUCUUUCCCUCUAUUGAAAGUCAAUUUUACCAAAAGUAAACCUUAUCUGUAUUAAUUAAGUGAGAAGGAUCAUGAUCAUUUUUUUUUAUUCACAUGUAAACACUGAUCAACAAAAAUACUGCACAAAGAGAACAUUAAAUAUUGUCAACAGAAUCUCAGCCAUGCUUUCUUGACAUGCAAUAAUGUACUUUACUAAUGUAACCUUGGUUCAUUAAGAUACUGGAGCGAGUACUCCUGUUAAGACGUUAUGGGGAAAACUCCUUUUUCUCAACUGAAAAAUCAUUCCAAGAGAUUUUCGUAUGGCCUCGUAACUCAGUGAGGACCAAAAAUGUACAGUAAAGAAAACAAACGCCUGAAGCACUGGCUUUACCGUAUAGCAAAAGUGAGACCAUUAUGCAGAAAGAAUCCAGGCCUGUAAGGCCGGGGACAUCCAGAUGAUAGAACCUGGUAAAUUGCACAGCUAGGCUAAGCCGGCCUCCACACAAAUCUCUACAAUCGAAACACCGCUAGACCAAGCCCAGGAAGAGGCGACACCUCUUGUUGAGUGGGCUCUUACUCCCAUGGGGAAUUGUAGGCCCAAAGAAGAGUAAGCUAGCACGAUAGUAUCAAUUAUCCAUUUGGAAAGUCUCUGCUUUGUGACUGGAGACCCUUGGUGUCAACAAAGCAUAUAUAAAAAGAUGUUUCAACUGCCUGAAUGGGCCGGAAUGUCCCUAAUGGGGCAAAGUAAACUCAGCUCUGGGUCUUGCUCCGAAUGAGGAAGCACUGAUAGAGCUAUAACCUGUGCUCUGAACAGAGUUUAGAGCACUUUACAUUAGCAUGCCUCGGCUUUAGGAUGACCCUGGGGUUGUUGGCUCGAAAUUCGAGGCAGUUGGGGCUCACCGGGAGCACCUGCAGAUCUCCCAUAAGCUUCACUGAUGCUAUUGUCAGUAACAGAUCUUUUUUUAGCAUCAGGGGUUGAAGGUCAACACACUAUAGCAGCUCAAAGGGAGGACUCUUUAGAGCCCUCGACACCAUGGGCAGGACCCCGUUAAAAAACAAUGGCUCCAAUUGCUGCUGAAUGGCCAGUGCACAUUCUGCAGUGCUACCAACCUCAUUUGAGAACCAAUCCCCUGGGCAUACUUGCGAGGGUAUCUGUAUCAAUGUAAUCAUCCUGAAUGGCCAUCUCAUUAGGGCACUUUUCAGGUGCCUGAGAUUGAGAAUGGCCUUAGGCCACCAUCCUUUUGGGGCACAAGGAAGUAUCGGCUAUAGAAGCCUUACUCACUCUGAGCUAAAGGAACCAUUUCUGCUCCUUUCAUGGCCUGUGUGCCAAUGGAUUGGAUUGGUUCGAGUGCCUCGUGGGGACCUGCUGCUUGUGACAAGCAGAAGAGGACAUUUUCACUCUUUUUGAAAAUUGUUGCAUUUUAUUUUUCCUGCUGUAACAGCGAUGGGUUUUGUGGGCGCUAUUUUAAUGGUAGUAUAUACCACAAACACAUUGCUGUCAGCACCCGUAAGUGAAUGGGCUGCUUGUAUGCACAACAGUGGCUGCUUGGGAUGUAGUCCGGCGACAUUGAGGCUAUCCCCCCUCCUCUUCUGUCCCACAGAUCAGGAUGAUGCCUGAUGCGCUGGAUCCAGCACUACCUUGGGCUGUGUUCCCUGGCGUUUAGCGAAUGGAUAGCAUCUGGCCAAGCAGUAAAGCAAUGAGGACAUUCCCUCUUGGUGAGUGCAGCUUCAGUGUGAGCACCGCCCAAGCAUGAGUCAUGCACAAACCAAUGGCCGUGCAGUUACACUGCGUUACUGAAAAGGCUCCAGUAUUCAGAGAAAAAGGAGUUUUCCUCAUACGUCUUUGCAGACGAAGUACGAGUGAAGUAUCAAUAGGGAACCAAAGAGGUUUGUUCAUGUGACAAACAAGCAUGAUUGAAUUGCUGCAGUACCAAAUAGGUCUGUCUUCACAAGUGAAGCAAGGAAGGUUACUUAGGUUUUAUAAUAGAUGAUUGAUAAGUUAUAAUAUAACUAAGUUCUAAUAUUUUAUGAUUAUAAUAACUUUUUGAAGCAUUACAUUUUUAGGUGAAUGAACUUCCAGUAAAAGGGCAAAGAUGUGUGUUUUGUGUUUUGAAGAUGAACAAAUGUCUUGUAAACGAUGACAAAUUUUGAAGUUUACUAUUCCUUUGAUAAACAGAGAAGAAGAAUGAAAAGUAUGAAAGAGCUGUAAAGACAUUGACAAAAAUAUAUAUAUAUUUUUAUACAAAUCAGCCACCACAUCCUUUCUUAUUUCUUCUCUUUGUAGGUUGUGUAAAUGCAGUAUCGGAGAGGAAGGUUGUUUUGCUCUUGCUUCAGCUCUGAGAUCAAACCCCUUACACCUCAGAGAACUAAACCUAAGCUUAAAUAAACCUGGAAUCUCAGUGAAAUUCUUGUCCGAUCUACUGGAAGAUACAAAUUGCAAACUGGAGUCCCUAAAUGAACAGGGAGAGCAGUGUUGUGUGUGGUUUGAAGGCGGAGGCUGAAGAGGACAGUAUAGAGAGCAUGGACAAUGAGAGCACACCACUGAGGAGAUCCAGAGGCCCCAGUCCCCUCAGUGACAGUAUGAUGUCUGAGGCGAAUGAUGAAGCUCUUAUUAAUGAAGUCACACAUGAAAUACCACAUGAUUCACACGAGGCAGAGAGCGUCUUUUCAACUGAGCUCUAUGGAGCGGAUUUGCAAAGAACUCUGGGAGAGAUUCUUGCAUACUGUCAGGUUACAUAUGGAGCCAUUCUGAAACUCGAUGAGAAGUUUGAGAUGCUCCAGGCAAAAGUAGCAAGCAUCCAGAGCAGUCAUCAAAAUCCAGCUGCCUACUCUCAGAGGACGUAUUUGUCAUCCAGCUACAGAGACAGCUGUCAGGCCAAGUCUGAAGCCUCACUUGGUUCUGAAGCGUCUAUGCCCCACCUCAUUCAUAUUUCCUCUACAUCUCCCCUUCCGUCUGAGGAGAGCAGGAAACCUCCUACACUCUCCCCCGGCCCAGAGGUGCCCAGCCCUCCUCGACUUGUUAUCCAGAGCCAGUCCCACACCUUGGUCAAGGCCACUGCCCCAACCCACACAACACAAGCACCUUUCAGCAGGAAUAAGAUGAGUCUAAUGCAGCAUCUUCAGCGAGUGAAGAGACCAGCUGAAACAAGCUCAGAGACCAGUGACCCUGCUUUAACUGCAGAUCUGACGAGUAAUACGAGUUGUCUGGGCAGCUCUGACAGGAAGGUGUUCGUCUCAAACUGUAUCCUACAGAGGGCUGGCAAAAUGGCACGACCCAGUGCAGCGGUGCGGUACCUGUCCAGAAACAUCUUCACAGUGGAGGAACUCUCUCAAAGCAGCACCACUGGAAACACAAAGAGACGCCUAAAGAGACUCGACCCAAACAAGAUCAGUGCCAUCAGAGAAUGGGCGGUAAAGAGAUACUCCAAAUUUGACCUUCACGAGAAAGGCAAAGACUGGAAAAUGUGUCUGUCUGUGAUCAACUCGACGGCCCGCUACUAUCGGUUCAUGGACAAGACACGGAGGCUGAAGGUGAAGGAAAAAGUGAACCCUGAGAACAGAACGAUAGAUUCAUUUGCAGCAGCUGCAGAGAUUGAUGUUGAACUGUCUGACAGCGACACGGAGCAGAAACAGCUGGAAACGCCGAUGAGCCACAUCACAGAAGAUCACUACACAAACACAGACUGGGAACCCAACAGCGUGUAUCUGGGCCCCCCUCAUCGGGAUGUGAAGGUUCCUGAGUUUGCCUUGUCUGCAGCACAUCUGCGAACACGUCCUGAACUCAUCGCUCGAUACCUCAUUAAGUUCAUCUUCCCAGAGGAUGUGCUGGUGCGCAGCAAUGUGUACGGCGGGAUGCGGCGUGGCAUUCAGGCCCUGGACCACAACAAGAUCUCUGCGCUCCGAGAGCACCUGCUGGAGCGCUUUCCCUGGAUGAGGCUGGAGGAAGACGGAAGCGACUGGAAGGUUUGCGUGGGCGCUAUAAACAGUACCAUACGCAAGUUUCGAUAUGAGCGCAAGAUGGGCAUCAAGAGAGGGAUACGCUAGUACGGAGUAUCAUUUGGAGAGGUGUUUGUACACAGUGACUGUUUGUGUCAAGAAAUGCUGUCAGUAGCUGUUACUGUGUGUUCUUCUAGAAUGAGAUUAGUAUUUCAUUUAAUUUGUGAUUUUACUGGUUUGUUCUAUAUAUAUAUACAUGUUUGAGCAAAAAUGGUUAAUAUAUGUAUUGUGAACAAAAUAAUUGUUAAUAUAUUAAGUUUUCAUAACUUUUCUCUCUAAUGAAACUUAGCAGCUAUAGAAAAGAGUGAAAAAAAAUUGACAGCUGUUGUCAAAACAGGUAUUUGCACUUCAGUUACGAACAUAGUGUCAGUUUAGAUGAUUGAGUGAAGUGAAUAAAACAGGUUUAGGUUAACAAGUCACGUUGCACAGAGUAUGAGUGUCAGAUCCUCCGGAGUAUGAACUAUCACUUCUUGUGUCACAAACCUGAAAUGAAGCACAGUAGCAAUGAUUAAUCGGUGUUUUUUGCCCCUUCAAUUAUUGAUGGAGAAAACAUUUGGCAGGUGAAAUAAGUGCUAGCAGAAAACUAGUAGACACAUGUAAAAUAAAAUCUAGUUUUAAAAAUAUGAA